AUCAUUUGUUUAGUUAUAAUAUAAUCAAAAAAGUUUCGCAAUGGACAACCAAGAGUUUUCGUUUUCCAAAAGUGAAUUCGAUCUCGAAAAUAUCCGCGAUCGAUUGGUAAAGUGCAUUUGUGAGCUGCAGUCGAAAAGAAACGAAGUUUCUACGCUCAAAACGGAUCUGGAUGAGUCCACCCGGUUGAAGACGAUCGCCGAGCAGGACGCAAAGAACUAUCAACGUGAGGUUUCCGAUUUGAGAGAUCAGCUGAAAAUCACGAUGGACGCUUUGAACCAGAAGGACGCCAUUCGGACCGGAUUCAUGGAAAACGCCGCCCGGCAGAACGUCCAUCUGGAAGCGAUGACAAACGAACGGGAACGGUUCAAUGAAAAACUGGAAGCAUCUCAGGCUAAGAUAAUCGAAUUGAGUCGGGACAACAACAAACUGCAAGAACAGAUCAAAGUUCUUCAGAAUAACUGGGAUCAGCCGGCCGAAAAGAUCGACCGCAUUUGGAAGGCCAUGGAUAAUUUGCAUAACACUUUGGAAAACUUGGAAACUGAUCAGAAAACAUUGACAAACAUGGCCAAAGCUUCAGAUCGUUUGACAGAAGAAGCGGCGUCGGCUUUGAUUAGUUCCCGAAAUAUGUUGGCAACCUUGACAGAUGAAAAUUGUUCAUUGAAACGCAAGAUACUGGACUUGGAAGCUCAGGUUGUGUCGUCGAAGAUGGAGCAAAGUGUUUCGCCAUGUGGACUGGACGAUUUUUCGAAAAAGUUCGAAGAAAACAUUAAAUUGCUCACCGAUCAGCUGGAACAGGAGCGUGAAACUAGCAGGAAGUUGAAAAACGACAUGACCACAAUGGCGACGCUUCAGAAAUAUCUCACCGAACAGUUGGAACAAGCGGCUCGAAAUGAAUCUUCGGAACUUGCUCCAACAAUCGUAGAUCCAGAUCUCCCCGAACCGGAACCAGUUCCGGAAUCAUCGGAAUAA